AUGUGGGUUGUGCCAGACGAUUUCUCCUAUUUCAGACUCGGUUCCGCGUACUCCAUGUUGAUGUUUGAUUUCUCGACACCGUCCGCAGUGAAGGUGAAUUCAAUAUCUCAGGCGGUGCAAGGAACAGCUGCGGCUUUUAUACUUCUGCCGUUUAUCUUUUUGGGCAGAUUACAAAACUCAAUGAUUUUUUCAGUCUUGAUUACUACGAAAUCUUCGAAUGCUUCAGAAUCAUCAUCGGGUGGAUGUGAUGCGAAUCGAUUCAGCUGGUGUUCAGCAAUGCCUCGAGUGAAUAUGUGGCUCUACUAUGUUGCACUCUGUCUGCUGUUUGAAAUCACCUUUGCAGUGGACAAUGUCGUACUGCCAACACUUUUCUCGAAAGUGAUCGGACCAAGAAGACAGGUAACGUUUGCGCCAUGGAAUGAAGUUCGUAAUUUCGGCUCGUUUGUAGAAAUGUCGCCGUGCUUAAAUUCCAGUGCCCUCUACGACUACUGGGGACCACGAGUCAUCUGGCAACUACAAAUCGCACAACUCGGUUUCACGCUCGUCCUGUGGCUUAUUUUUCUCCGUCGUCUUGUCCCGUUAGAAAAAUUUUCUCGUUCAGCAGCGGUGAAACGCGAUAAUGAAUCUGCGAACUUGAAGCUAUGA